ACCAAAUCUGCUGUACAACAGCUCAAAGGACAAAGCGUCUCGGCUGACUCGACCGCCAAAGCGAAAUUCAUAGUCGUUCUCUACAAUUCCGUUCGGAAAUUGGACACUCUCUUCAACAGCUUUGACUGACGACAGAAAACACCAGCCAGGUGUAUUAUACCUUUAUUAAUUUGUUCUUUGAUCUUUUUGGGGGUUUAUUGCCUGCGCAUUAAAAUCUGCGACCAGGGAUUUUCCGAAAACAUAGGGGAAAAAUAUGUUGGGGCUUGUAAGGCAAAGAGCAGCCUGCAAAGGCAGUCAUGCUUUGAGUUUGGAACAAGGAAUUCGGUCAAUUGCGUUAAGGACCUUUUCUUCCUCUGCCAAGGAGAUGACAGUGCGUGAUGCUUUAAAUUCAGCACUUGAUGAAGAAAUGUCCGCUGAUCCCAAAGUUUUUCUAAUGGGUGAGGAGGUCGGUGAGUAUCAGGGUGCUUAUAAGAUCUCCAAAGGGCUACUGAACAAAUAUGGUCCUGAGAGGGUCCGCGAUACACCCAUCACUGAGGCUGGAUUUGCUGGAAUUGGAGUUGGUGCUGCUUAUUAUGGAUUGAAACCCGUGGUAGAGUUUAUGACUUUUAACUUCUCCAUGCAGGCGAUUGAUCACAUCAUAAAUUCUGCUGCAAAAUCAAAUUACAUGUCUGCUGGUCAGAUAUCGGUACCUAUUGUCUUCAGAGGGCCAAAUGGUGCUGCUGCUGGUGUGGGUGCUCAACAUUCUCAGUGCUAUGCAGCAUGGUAUGGUGCCAUUCCAGGAUUAAAAGUACUGACCCCUUAUUCUUCAGAAGAUGCUCGCGGGCUUCUUAAAGCUGCUAUUAGGGAUCCAGACCCUGUUGUCUUCCUUGAAAAUGAAUUGUUAUAUGGUGAGUCUUUUCCGGUCUCGGCAGAAGUUCUUGAUUCUAGUUUCUGUCUACCUAUUGGGAAAGCUAAGAUAGAACGUGAGGGAAAGGAUGUAACAAUAACUGCUUUCUCAAAGAUGGUCGGCUAUGCCCUUCAGGCUGCCGAUAUUCUCGCAAAAGAAGGGAUUAGCGCUGAGGUUAUAAAUCUUCGCUCCAUUCGCCCUCUUGACCGAGCUGCAAUAAAUGCAUCUGUUAGGAAAACAAAUAGGCUCGUGACUGUUGAAGAAGGAUUUCCUCAACACGGUGUUGGCGCUGAGAUCUGUGCAACUGUUGUGGAAGAUAGCUUCGAAUAUCUUGAUGCCCCUGUUGAGAGGAUUGCAGGGGCUGAUGUUCCCAUGCCUUAUGCUGCAAAUCUUGAAAGAUUGGCUGUUCCUCAGGUUGAAGAUAUCGUUCGUGCGGCAAAGAGGACCUGCUACAGGUCACGUUAAUCUGCUAAAUCUGAUCAGAGAUUCCUGAUGGCUACUAAAAAAGUUCCUAGGAAUUAUCUGUUCAAAUUUGAUUUUUAUAUACGUUUUUUGUCGUGUUUGUCUCUUUCCUUUGGAAUGUUCGAAAUUUUUUGGCCGGAAAUCAGGUCUGACUAUACUGAAAGUGUUGCUGGCAACAUAAAACAGCAAACUGUCUAGGUACCAAGGUUUGUGGAUUCUGGGUUUUGAUCAUGGCAUUGGUAGAGAAUCAAAAAUCUGUAAAACGGAUUGAUUAAAACCACUGAGGUUAGGGAGAAGAAAAUAAUAAUCUCAACUAAUUUUUGCGCUUGGGUCUUGUCACUGUCUACCUUGUGGAGAGUAAUGUUUUGUUAGUUAGCUAUUUAGACCAAACUCUAAGGCCCCGCAACCAAGUAUUCAAGUUAAUAUUUGAUUGGGGGAAUUGGUCAGAAAUUCUAUGGUGCCAUAAUUUCACGAUCCAACGCCUAAUAUCCA